AGCGCCCUCUUCACUACACAGAAAAUGUGCUGGAGCAGGUGCUUCAGUGGAGUUCAUUAGCUGAACCUGGUUCUGCUUAUCUUGUGGUGAAGAGAUUCUUGACCACUGACACAAUUAAACACUGCAGAGAUAAAUGUAUCAAAGAAGGAGUCUUGAAAAUCAAAGAAGAACCAGCUAAAAUACUGUCUGGAAAUAAAUUUCAAGACCGGUAUUUUGUUUUACGAGAUGGACAUCUUUUUCUUUACAAGGAUCCAAAGAGCAGUAAACAUGACAAAAUGUUUUCUCUCAAUUCAAUGAAGUUUUAUCUUGGUGUGAAAAAGAAAAUGAAGCCUCCAACAAGUUGGGGAUUGACUGCAUAUUCUGAAAAACAUCACUGGCACCUAUGUUGUGAUAGUUCACAAUCCCAGAUGGAGUGGAUGGCCAGUAUCUUUACUGCCCAGCAUGAAAAUGAUAUAUGUCCACCAGCUGGAAAGGAACGAAAGCGUUCAAUAACCAAAAAUCCCAAAAUUGGAGGUUUACCUCUAAUUCCCAUCCAGCCUGUGAGAAAUGCAACUGAAGCCCGGAGAAAUAUUGAGAGUGCAAGAGCAGAACUUGAGAGGCUACAGCUCAGUGAGAAGCGUGAUAGGGAGCCCAUGGACCCCAGCCUAAAGGACAGAGCCUCCAUUGUGGCCCACUGUCUGGAGCACAAGGAUGAUAAGAUUCGAAAUCGUGCCAGAAAACACCGGAGUUUCAACUGCCUGGAGGAUACUGAGGCUGAGCUCCCACAGGGGCAGCAAAAAGGCUACAGAGGGAUGAAGACCUUGAGGAAGACUGAGGACAGGAGUGCCAAAGCCCCUUUGGAGCCUGAUCAUAAAUUGCCAUCAAAGGUAAUUGAAGAACUUAGUGUGGUUUUACAGCGGUCAAGAACCCUUCCUAAAGGGUUACAGGGUGAACAGAUUUUGCAGAAAGAAAUAAAAUGAAUUGCACCACAGAUUAUUUUUUUAAUAUUGUAUAUGAUGUUUGUGUGUAAACAAGACACCAAACUAUAAGAUAAUU